AUGCUCACCACUUUGAGCAUUCUGCCAGCUUUGGCCCUCUUCACCACUUCCAUUUCCGCGGCACCAAUCCAGCGUGCCGAGGCAUCAGUCAACACCGCCCUCUACAACUACCCCCUCCAAGCACCCUCCGCCGGUCAGCCUUUCACUAGUCUCCAGCUACGUAUCGGUCAGCCUUACAUCGAUGGCACAGGCUGUGAGGCGGUGGUGAUUCGUGAAGCCCUCCUUGGGGAGCUUCUGAGCAUCGUCGAUGUCUACCGCUGUGUGGAGGACGGCUCGCUGAAGGGGGCGUUUAUCUCUUUCAGUUCCUUUCCCGAUGAGGCCAAGAGACUCAGAGCAACGGAAACAUUUGCGGAGGCGUAUCCUAUGAUUGAGUGGUUCCUGGACGACGACAUCAGCGCUGUGCGGUAG